AUGGCGACAACUACAGUCCCCAAAUGGGUCGCCGACCUGAACAACCCACCACAGGCCAAGUCCAAGCCUGGUGGCAUCGCCGACCCUCCGGCCUUUCCGUCUACUUCGUAUACCAAGGCUACGGGAUCAAAGAAGCAAGUAGCUCAAGCCCCCGCCCGCAAAGCGCCUACCCCCGAGGAAACAGAUACGCUCAAGCUCAAGAAGGCCUGGGAAGUUGCUCUGGCGCCCGUGAAGCAGCUACCCAUGACCGCCAUCAUGAUGUACAUGUCCGGCAACUCGUUACAAAUCUUCAGCAUUAUGAUGGUAUUCAUGGCUUUCAAGAACCCCAUCAUGGGCGUUCUGGGUACGAACCAGGCCUUCGAGCGCUUCGAGAGUGAUGGGAACAAGGGAAAGAUGCUGCAGGCAAAGUUGGCAUAUGUUGCGAUGCAGCUUGUGGCGUUGGCAUUGGGUGUCUGGAAAGUGAAUGCCAUGGGAUUACUACCGACGACAAGAUCAGACUGGUUGGCGUGGGAAGCACUACGAGAGCCUAUAGAACACGCUGUAUUUGCGCUAUAA